AUGACAAGUGUCCGACCAUUCAGCCAUACCUCAUCUCCCUCUACUCCCGUCGAACGACCAGGUUCUUUGCUUCGUUUUAAUUCUACUCGAGUAUUUCCAGAAAAAGUCGAGGAUAUCGAAGAAGAUCGAAGCGAAGCACGGCCUACAUCGCCAAUCGAUAUUCAUAUUGACUAUGGUCUAUUUCAAGCAAGCGACUCUCCAGCUCACUCACCUCUGAUUAAAAGUACAGUUCAACCCGCCAUAUGCAAAACAGAUGACAAUCAUAAAAACCGUGUAGUAAAAAUCUCUGAAUACCGUACCCCUGAAAAUACACCAUUCGAACCAAUCACACCAAAUCGAUCGCCGAAGAAAUUACAUCGUUAUAUUCUUGUUACUCCUCGGACGAUUUGUUCUCUCACGUUAUUUUCAAUUGUAUCAAUAGGCAUCGUUCUCAUUGGCUUUGGUGCUGCUCUAGCACAUCGUCAAUCUCAGUUAGACUAUCGAUGUCCAUUAAUAUCAUAUUGUCCAAGAAAUACUAGUUAUACACUUCUAUGCAAUAUAACAAAUGAAUAUUGUGUAUGUUAUGAUACAAAUGAUGAACCUAUCGGUUGUAUGAAACAACGGAAGUAUGGAGAUGGUUGCUACCGAUCGCAAGAAUGCUCUUCAUACUAUAGUCUUCAAUGUAAUAUAAGUGCAUAUCAAUGUCAAUGUCUUGAUCAUUAUCAUUUUAAUGGAAAUUCUUGUAUACCGAUGCUAACUUAUGGUGAGACGUGCUCAAUAGGAAAUGAUACCUGUGAUUAUUUCCUAAAUUUAAAAUGUUUGACGGGAAGUAUUUGUACUUGUAAUACGAAUACGACAUUUUGGAAUGGAGAGUAUUGUGAAGAUUAUCGUUCUGUUAACAGCCCAUGUGAUCCAUACAAAAAUAUAUCGGGUUGUUCAAUGACAUUUUCAUGUGACAAUUCGACAGCUACAUGUCAAUGUCCGUCAUCUGCGUACUAUGAUGGUGCAGUAUGUUUAACGUACAGUUCGUAUCUCGAGCCAUGCUAUGAUACUUCAUCUUGUUUACCCGGCACAUAUCUAGUAUGUUCAUGGGGUUUGUGCCAAUGUGAUGAUGUGUAUUUUUAUUGGUCACCAACGAAUUUGACAUGUAUGUAUCCAAAGCACAUACAGUAUAAUAGUUCAUGUGAUUAUCAGACAAGCUGUGAAAGUGAUUUUGGUUUACGUUGUAUUGGUGGUCAAUGUUUAUGUGAAGUCAAUUCAUAUUGGACACCGGGUAAUUAUUGUGAUUUUCAAUCAAUGUACAACGAACAAUGUUUAACGGCUCCGUGUAUGAGUAAUACAGGUCUUAUAUGUUCGUCGAACACAUCGACAUGCACUUGCUUAAAACAUUAUUAUUGGGACGGUUAUGUAUGUCAAUAUGAACGUUCAUACCAAUCGUACUGUUUGAGUGAUACAUGGUGUCGUACGGAUCUCGGUUUGCGUUGUCGAAAUUUUACAUGUACAUGUUCAUUAUGUACAACGUGUUUUUGGGAUGGUGUACGUUGUCGUGAUUGUCCGACGUCGUGGCAAAUAGUCACGUCCAGUGGCCCAAUAAAACCACGAGUAUAUUGCUAUCUAAAAGUUGACUCGUACGUCAAUUGGAAUGAAUCAGCAGUCAGUUGUCCAACACUAGCCACCUCAUUCUUUGGUGGCUCAAGUCACUUGAUUUAUAUUGAUGAUGCACAAGAAUUAAAGGAUGUUAGCGUAUUCGCUACAAACAGUUAUUAUGAUAUUCUCAUCGGCCAUACGAACAGUUUCAAUAACAGUCAAUGGUUUCUUGUUAAUGGAACAGUUUCACCGACACUCACGUGGUGCUCAGGUGUGGCAACAACAUUUUCGUCAACGAGAUGUGCUCGUUUGUUGAUUGCCUCUAUCUGUGCAACUGAUAUUUCAUGUUAUGGAUGGUCUUCGAGAUAUAUUUGUGAACUUGAUUAG